AGAUACAGUUAGCAGCAGCUGUGCCCAAGAGAAGCUUGUUUGCUGUUGCAGGGCUUAAAAUGUCAACGAAAGAGAAAAAUUACCAUCUCAAAGGAAUGUAAAGGUGUGCUGAUGUAGAUCAGCCUUCAAGGAGACUCCACCCGGACCCACACUUGCUGCUCCUCCUUCAGCAUCCUGACCUGCCGUCUCCAUGACAACCCCUCCUCUAGUGCCUCCUUUCGUUGGUCAGCCUCCUCCACCCCAGCAGCAGCUGCAGCAGCAGCAGCAGCAGCAGCAGCUGCAGCAGCUGCAGCAGCAGCAGAGCCAGGCUGCCAGAGAUGUCAACACUUCCUCACUGUGUCGCAUCGGCCAGGAGACCGUCCAAGACAUCGUCCUCAGGACGAUGGAGAUCUUUCAGCUUCUCAGGAACAUGCAGCUACCCAACGGAGUGACGUAUCACCCCAACACCCACCAGGACCGGCUGGGGAAACUUCAGGAGCAUCUGCGGAUGCUUUCCGUUCUCUUUCGCAAGCUGCGGCUGGUCUAUGACAAAUGCAACGAGAACUGCUCCGGGCUGGACCCCAUCCCCCCAGAGCAACUGAUACCCUUUGUGGAGGACGACGGCUCCAAACAUGAGGACCGAUCUGGCGGGCAGAGCCACCUCACCAGCGAGGAGAGGAGAGAAAUCCUGGAAGUCAACAAGAAGCUGAAGCAGAAGAACCAGCAGCUGAAGCAGAUCAUGGACCAACUGCGGAACCUCAUCUGGGAGAUCAACUCCAUGCUGGCCGUCCGCAGCUGAACGCGCCGCACUGCGCCGCGCCGACGCUCGGGUGGGAGACCUGCAGGUUGCUAACUGGACUGCACUUUACAUGAGAAACGGGAACUCUGGCAAUAUCUGCAUGUUGGAAACCACAGAAGAAGAACGAGGGACUAAGGGUUGGACGGCAGAGACAGUUCUGUCUACCUCCAUGAUCUACAGUCAGAUUUAUUUAACCUAAAGAUAAAAUAUGUUUCAUGUAUCUGUAGCUGCAGGCUAAAUAAAAUUAUUAUAGACGUAUUUAAUCAAUACUUCCUCCAGACUGAAGUUUGAAGAUAAUUGGACUCGGAGUUGAGGGACUCACUGUGGCGAAACCGAACUUACAGCGAAUCGUCUCUUUUGGACUCAGUGUGAUGUCAUCAGCGCUCCCCUGUGGCCGAGUGUUAAAUUCUCUGCUCCUCUAUAAACCUUUCUGAGAUUUCAGAAGAGUC